UGAAAAGCGAAAAGUGACUCUCGAACAAAAAAGCCUUCACGGCUUCUUCACAGCCAAGCGCUCUCCUGCCAGGAUCAUUACCGAGGCGACGUGGGUGGCUGAUAAACUGCCUAAACCAAACCUCGUCUUGCUCAAGCACUUGCUCUCUCUGCUCCGCCACAUCAGCCAAAAUGCUGAGACCAACAGGAUGGACUCCAGCAACCUGGCCAUCUGUGUUGGCCCAAAUAUGCUGAGCCCAGAGACGGACAGCACGCUCCCACUGGAAGUACAGGAGGAGAUGAAUGACAAGGUGACAGUGUUGGUGGAGUUCCUCAUAAACAACUGCUCAGAAAUAUUUGAGGAGGACAUUGCUUUCCCUGUCUGUGCCUCAGCUGAGGAGUCACCAGAGCACACAGACAGCUCCACAGGAAUCGUGAUCCCUGGAGUUCUUGGAUGUAGCUCCCAGGAGGAUGCAGAAAUCAAGCCACGUGAGCUGGGUGUCGGAAAUCCCCAGUUUUCUACAGCCAGUAGAAAAGAUGCUCCCGGCAUCUUCUGGGAGCAAUACAGGUUGGAAAAGCAACAACAUAUUGGUGUGGCCCUGAAGUACUCAUUUGUGAUGUACCUUUGAAUCCAUCUGGGGACUGGAUACGUAGCAUUGCAUUUCUUGUCAAGGGAGUAAUAAGCAGGUUACCAGAAGAACAAGAAAAUAACCUAAAUCCACAUUUAAAUCCUGCAAUGUACUUGUCAGUGUGAGUUUUACAGUUUGGUUUUUUAAGGAUAUUCAUUACAAAGUAAACCUUUUAACUACACAAAAUUUCUGCAAUCAUUUUUCCUGUGCACUAACAAUUUAAACAAAAAUGUUAUAAAUGAAGUUAAAAAACUCAAUCUCAGAAAUUUACAGCCAUGGUAAAAAUCAGUGCCUAGAGACUUUAGAGCCAGGAGAAAUAAUUUUGAUUAUCUUUCUUGUCUAACAUGAAACUCAGGUUGUCAGUCAGGAAUUCCAGUAACAUUUGUUUAGGGCUUUGUUUGAGUUAGAUUGUCCUGCUGAAAUUUAACACCUGCAAAAGCAAACAAAUCUUUUUCUUACUUCUUAUUUAAGCCAUUAUUUACUCACCAUUGAUGUGUUGUGGCAUUUGAAACACAAUACUUAAUUGCUGCUUGAAGCACUGAAAAAGAGACCCUUUCAAAUACAACACGUUGGAAACCAUGGGGAAAAUGGUGGCCAUAAUCUUGCUUGAAACCACACAGUAUAUUGCAUGCUGCAUUUUAAGGCAAUUUCUGUAAAGAGGCGUUCAUUUUUUGGUUUUACAUUCUUUUUUUUUUUAACUAAGGGUGCAGACUGAACUCUGAGACAAGAGAGAACAUUGUGCAAGACUCAGUGCUGUUAUCUAAAGAAUAUUGUUUCUUAUCUCUCUGGAUUUGUACAGCACAGCAUGGCUAAACUACAGUGAUGAGUGAGCAGUUAUUUCAGGCGACAGGGGUGGAGGAUACUGAGAGGAAUGUAGGGAAG